UCCAGGAUGUUCCCCAUAUUUCUGAUAGGGCUCUGCUUCCUGUUGCUCAGGCCCACUACUUGUGAUGGCAGCAGGAUUCUGGUAGUACCCGUUGAUGGCAGUCAUUGGAUCAAUAUGGAGGUCCUCCUCAAAGAGCUGCACUCCAGAGGCCACGAUAUCACUGUCCUGUACUCUGCCAAGAGCUGGUACAUCCCUAAAAACUCUACAUUUUUCACUUCAAUUACUAGACGUAUGAUGGAGGAUGAUACGGACAAGAAUGCCUACAAUCGAAUGCUUUUAGAUGUUAUGGAAUGCCGCAAGUCGAUGCCCUUCAUACGCACCUUCUGUCAAAACAACUUAAUAGGAUCCAUGUUGGAUAAGGGCCACAAAAUCCUUGCAGGAGCAACUGCUGAAAUGUUAGAUGACACUGUUUUUAUGAAGGAGCUGCAAGAUGCCAAGUUUGACCUGAUGUUAACAGACCCUGCCCUGACUAUAGGGGUUCUGUUGGGUAGUUACCUCAAGCUGCCAAUGGUUUUUAACGUUCGCUGGAUUAAUACUGGUGAGGCCCAUUUCAGCAUAGCUCCCUCGCCUCUGUCCUAUGUACCGGUGCCUGGAAGUGAACUUCAUGAUCAAAUGAAUUUUCUGGAAAGGACCAAGAAUAUGUUACAUUAUCUCCAAAGCUUUUAUCAGCUGCACUUUAUCAUGAAUCCUCAUUAUUCAGAUCUGCUCCAGCGGCACUACCCACCUGGUUCUGACUUGUUGUCUAUGCAGUAUGCAGCUGAUCUCUGGUUGAUUAGAACAGAUUUUGUUUUUGAGUUCCCUCGCCCCACAAUGCCCAAUGUGGUCUACAUAGGGGGGUUCCAGUGCAAGAAGGCUAAUCCCCUCCCUGUUGAGCUGGAGGCCUUCAUGCAGAGCUCUGGGGAGCAUGGGGUGGUAGUCAUGUCCCUUGGGACGAUCGUUUCAGUCCUGUCUCGUGAGGCCACAAACGCAAUCGCUGCUGCUUUUGCUCAGCUCCCUCAGAAGGUGGUGUGGAAGUUUGCUGGUGAAAAGCCUUCAUCCUUGGGGAACAACACGCUCUUGGUGAACUGGCUCCCUCAGAACGACCUCCUUGGUCAUCCCAAGACUCGUGCCUUUGUAGCCCAUGGUGGCACCAAUGGCAUGUAUGAGGCCAUUUACCAUGGUGUUCCUGUUGUGGGCCUGCCCCUCCUCUUUGAUCAGUUUGAUAAUGUUAUCCGGCUUAAGGUCCGCGGGGCAGCUCAACACGUUGAGGCAAGAACACUUACAGAGAAAGUCUUCCUGGAGACUCUGCAGGAUGUCCUUGAGGCCCCCUCUUAUCGUAACAACAUGCAGCGACUUUCUCAGCUGCACAGGGACCUGCCAAUGUCACCGAUGGACACCAGCAUAUUUUGGAUUGAGUACGUCAUUAGAAACAAGGGAGCUGCUCAUCUUCAGUCAGCAGGUUUUAGUCUGCCAUGGUACUCCUAUCACUGCCUAGAUAUUGCUCUUUUUAUUACCAUUCUCAUUGUAGUAUUCGUCUGGGCAUCAGUCGCAUUCUGCAGGAUUAUCUGCUGCCAAAGAUCCAGAAUAAAAAUGAAAGCAGAGUAAAACAUAUUCUAAAGA